UUCAGAGUCCCCAGGGAGGAGAACAUGUCAGGAGUCAAUCUGAUUGCACUGUUGGGCUUGUGCGCCCUGUAUCUCGUCGCAUGUGAGAUCUCGUGCCGCAACGAAGCCGGAGAACCCGUAGACUGGUUUGUGGUUUACAAAUUACCGAAGUAUAGAAUCAAUGACACAGGAACGGGACUGGAAUAUUUGUAUCUGGACUCCAGGUCACAAGGAUGGCAAGUCAGCAAAUUCCUCACCAACAUGACCCAGAGUGCACUGGGGCAAGUGCUGCAGCAGCUGUAUCAGUCGUAUGAAGACAACAGCACAGCAUACAUGUUAUACAACGAUGCCCCUCCAAUAAAAAACAACUUUUCCACCAAAUAUGGUCAUACUAAAGGAGCUCUGUUUUUUGACCAGCAACAGGGAUUCUGGCUAAUCCACAGCGUACCUCACUUCCCUCCAUUCUUGAAGGACGGCUUCGGCUAUCCUGAUACUGGUAAACUAUAUGGCCAGACAGCCAUCUGUGUGACCUACAAAUAUUUCCAGUUUAAACAAAUUGCUGCCCAACUUCUCUACUACAACCCAAAUGUUUACAACUGCUCAAUCCCUGACCUGUACCAUGAAGAUCUAUGGGGCCUGUCUACCAUAUGUCAAGGCAAGCGGUUCCCUUGGGUAAACGACACAAGCAUUGCUGUGCUGAAAUCAGCGGGAGGAGAACUGUUUCUGAAUUUUGCUAAAUCCAAGUACUUUGUGGAUGAUAUCUUCACAGCCUGGAUGGCUCAAAUCCUGAAAACGGAUUUACUGACGGAAACGUGGCAUCCCAAGGAGAAAGAACUUCCAUCGAACUGCUCUCUGCCAUGGCAUGUCUACAACAUACAGAGGAUCGCCCUGCCAAAUCUUUCCUUCUACUCUCAUUACGAUCACUCCAAGUGGUGCAUUGCCAGGUAUACCAGCGAUAGUUGGAUCUGCAUUGGAGACCUGAACCGCCAGCCUGGGCAAAUAUGGAGAAGCGGGGGCUUCAUUUGCACCCAGAAGGAACUCAUUUAUGAAGCAUUUAAGAAAAUGGUCGCCCACUUCAGCGACUGUAAAUCGAAUGAACAUUAA